AUGGCGAAGUUCAACGGCACGAAGCUCGGCAAGGUCCGCGCAUACUUCUUUGGCUUCUUCAUUUGUCUCGCCGGGUUUCUAUUUGGAUAUGACACAGGUAUUGUUGGUGGAAUCUUGACCUUCCCGUCCUAUAUAAGGGACUUCGGAUACAGUGAUGAGACCACUGUCGAUGCGGUUAUGGUCAGUCUGCAGAAUGUCGGUGCUUUCUUCGCCGCGGUUGCUGUUUUCUCUGUUUCAGAACGCUUCGGGCGCAAGAAGACCAUUCAAACUGCAAUGUUUAUUUUCUGCAUGGGUGUCAUUCUCCAGGUUGUGCCGUCACACUCUCUCGUCUGCUUCUAUAUCGGCCGUGUGGUGUCUGGAGUAGGUCUAGGCGGUGCAACUGCCGUUGUCCCAACGUACAGUGCGGAGAUGGCGCCCAAGGAGAUCCGUGGCAGGCUCGGCUCCGGCGUACAGUGGCUCUUUACUUUGGGGGUAAUGGCUAGUUACUGGAUUGACUAUGGUGUGGAGCAGACUUUGGGCGGCCAGUCUAAGGAAUGGCAGAUUCCUGUUGGUUUGCAAUUGGUUCCGUCUUCAAUUCUUGCAUUUGGUCUGUUCUUACUGCCCGAGAGUGCUCGAUGGCUUGUCAAGAAGGGGCGUGAGCAAGAAGGUUGGGCGAGUUUGACUUGGAUUCGUGCUGACGAUGGUCCUGAUGUCAAAGCCGAGUUCAAUGAGAUCAAAGUCGGCCUGCAAGAGGAAAUCAAAGCAACCGAGGGCCUAAAAAAACGUGAGCUCCUUGAACCUGCAAACCGAUAUCGUAUCCUCGUCGCGUUUUGGAUGUUCUGCGGCCAGCAAUGUACUGGCAUGACUGCUCUUGCAUACUACGGACCGCAGUUCUUUAAGAUCAUCGUGGGUGGUGAUGCUGGUCGGAACCUGCUUGUGACUGGCCUGUUCGGUGCUGAGAAGUUUGUCACGGUCGGCACCUAUAUUCUUUUCUUCUCAGAGAGAUGGGGACGCAGACCCACUCUCUGGAUCACCAAUAUCCUUAUGGCGCUCUGUUUCGUCAUUGUCGUCAUCGUGAACAAGACGACCGACUCUCUCGAUGCCUCUGGCAAUCCAUCUUCGGCUGGUAUUGCGACUGUUGCCAUGAUCUUUCUUACCAACUCAAUUUACCAGUUCGGCUGGGGCCCCUUGCCAUGGCCUUACACGACCGAAAUAUUCCCGUCGCGUAUCCGUGAAAUCGGCUCUUCCGUCGCUGUGUCCUCCCAGUGGCUCUUCAAUUUCCUCUUUUCCCUUGUUACGCCAUACAUGAUCAAGUCUUGGGGCGUCUACACUUUUCUUUUCUACGCCGGCCUUGAUAUUAUUAUGGCCAUCGGUGUGUGGCUUUUCGUGAAGGAGACCAAGGGAAAGAGUCUGGAGGAGAUGGAGACCAUCUUUCAUAGCAAAGCUGCAUUUGAUGUGGAGAUUGCACGCCACGACGGUCAGAUCAUCUCUGAUGAGCAGGUCAAUGCCCUUGAAGUGCACCAUAAGAGUUCAGACUCGAAGAAGGUCCAAGACGACUCCGAAUGA